AGCAGGCCCCGCCCCAUAGAUCGAAGUCGCGCCGCACCCUCUGCCUACCUCUCUGCAAGCCCGGCCGGCCGCGCCUUUGGGUCGAGUACAGUCUGCACUCCGUGGAUGCGCGCUCCGCCCGCCGACAGAUAUAAAUUGCCAGUACUCGCUUGUUCUCCCUGCGGCCCGGACACAUAGUAUGACCAUUAGGUGUUUCAUCUCCCAGCCAUUUUCUAUGGAAAACCAAAGGGAUCAGGCCAUGAUAGCCACUGGCAGCUUUGAAGAAUGGGAUGCCUUUAGAGAAGCUUGAUCUUGAAGGCCUCAGCGUGAGAUCUAACAGAGCCGGAUUCCAGCAGAGUUCCUCUGUCUCGUCUUGCUGCUGACUGAAGGUGCCCCCUUCUUUUUUCUUCAUCUCCUGGGAGGUAGCAGGAAUUGGCAUUAUGGUUGGGUUCAAGGCCACAGAUGUGCCCCCUACUGCCACUGUGAAGUUCCUGGGGGCUGGCACAGCUGCCUGCAUUGCAGAUCUCAUCACCUUUCCCCUGGAUACUGCUAAAGUCCGGCUACAGAUCCAAGGAGAAAGGCAGGGGCCAGUGCAGGCUGCGGCCAGUGCCCAGUACCGCGGGGUGCUGGGCACCAUCAUGACCAUGGUGCGCACCGAGGGCCCCCGCAGCCUCUAUAAAGGGCUGGUCGCCGGCCUGCAGCGCCAGAUGAGCUUCGCCUCCAUCCGCAUCGGCCUCUACGACUCUGUCAAACAGUUCUACACCAAGGGCUCUGAGCAUGCCGGCAUCGGGAGCCGCCUCCUGGCAGGCAGCACCACAGGUGCCUUGGCUGUGGCCGUGGCCCAGCCAACAGAUGUGGUAAAGGUCCGAUUCCAAGCGCAGGCCCGGGCUGGAGGUGGCUGGAGGUACCAAAGCACCAUUGAGGCCUACAAGACCAUUGCCCGAGAGGAAGGGUUUCGGGGACUCUGGAAAGGGACCUCUCCCAAUGUCGCUCGUAAUGCUAUUGUCAACUGUGCUGAGCUGGUGACCUAUGACCUCAUCAAGGACACUCUCCUGAAGGCCAACCUAAUGACAGAUGACCUCCCUUGCCACUUCACUUCCGCUUUCGGGGCGGGCUUCUGCACCACCAUCAUCGCCUCCCCUGUCGACGUGGUCAAGACGAGAUACAUGAACUCUGCCCUAUGCCAGUACCGCAGUGCUGGCCACUGCGCCCUCACCAUGCUCCAGAAGGAGGGUCCCCAAGCCUUCUACAAAGGGUUCAUGCCCUCCUUUCUCCGAUUGGGUUCCUGGAACGUGGUGAUGUUCGUCACCUACGAGCAGCUAAAACGGGCCCUCGCGGCUGCCUGCGCUUCCCAGGAUGCUCCCUUUUGAGCCUCCCCUGCUGAUCACCUCUGGCUUUGGCUGCAGCCUGGCCCUGCUUCCCUUUUCCUCCUCCCCUCAUUCCCUUCCCUCUCUCCCCACCCCUUCCUUCUGCUCCCUUUCCCACCACCUCCCUUCCCUCUCCCCACAUUUUCACCCCUCAGCUCCCCGUUGCCUCUCACAGUCCCGAUGGAGUUGACCCCAGCUGACACCGUGGGAAGCCUGGCACCAGCCAGCAUCUCAAGCCCUCAGUCCCUUGAGAAGUUCAGCCUGACUCUUCGUCCUGCCUCCUACCCCUGAGCCCGACUAGCACGUCACCCAUAAAACAAGCUCAACCCUGG